ACACUUCAACAUCUUUUCGUAGACAGAUAAUUUUCUAAACAAUUUGCUCAACAUGGCUUCUCAGCAGAUGAGUAAGGAUGCUCAGGCCAACACUGAGAGUAUGAUGGACUCGGCCAAGGGCAGUGCAAACGCAGCACAAGAGAAGGCUUCCAAUGCAGCCAGUUCUGCACAAGAGAAGGCCUCGAACGCAGCCAGUUCUGCACAAGAUAAGGCCUCCAGUGCUGCUGAUUCUGCACAACAGAAGGCCUCUAACACUAUGAAUGCUGCAGGUGAACAGAAGGACAAUGCUAUGGCUUCUGCGAAAGAAUCAAAGGACCAGAGUAGCGGAUGGAUCCAGGAGAAAGCAGGACAGGUGGGGAGUGCAGCACAAGGUGCCAUUGAUGGAGUGAAGAACUCCCUUGGGGUCGGUGAGAAGAAGUGAAAAGAAAAUCUACCUCUCAUGGCUCUCCUGAAGUCAUGCUGUAAUUAACUGCUAUAUUACAUAUUACUUAUUGAAUUAUUUAAGUAUCUGUAAUGAAAGUUUACUAUGCAUUCUUUGCAAAAGUGAAGAAUGCUGCUGCUCUGAUCAUUUGAUGUAAUAAAGUUUGUAGCAACCUGAUAUUCUUGCUGAUACAUACAUAUACAUUGUAGUUCUUGAAAGAGUGAUAUGCUCCACUCGUUUAUGCAAACUUCAAGUUAUUAUUCCUAUCAAAUCUGCAGCUACAUAAUUU